GAAUAUGUUACUACACCGCCUGAACCACUUGCGCUUCGAUUAACCUCUAAUCUUAUGAUUGGAAUCACACGCGUUUAUCAUCAGCAAUAUCAUUUUUAUUACACUGAUGUGAAUGGAGUCUGGCAUAGUUUGCAAAGAGCUUUGAUUGAAAUGCGUAGAGAAUCAAUAGAUAUGAUUAUUCCACAAGCUAGGUAUGAAGCGAUCACCUUAAAUGAUGAUCCUUUUUUCGAAAUUGAGCUAAAUAUUCCUAUACAUGAUAUUAUAAUGCCACCACGUAUAGAUGUCAAUUUUGAACAAUUUUCAUCAUUUUCAGAUGCAGGUACUUACAAUAUCGCAAUAAAGUGA